CUGGGAUACAAAACAUGCACCCCUUGUUGUAGCUAGCCGGUAGCGUUAGCUAGUUAACGUUAUAUUUAGGAGCAAACAAGAUGGAAAGCAGUGAGGGAAUGGAGGUGGAUGGCUGGGACCCCAGUCUGGAGGAAGAGCUAGGCAUUUCUCUGGAUGAACUGAAGAAGUGGAUUGAAGAUGCUGUGGAGAACAGCGAGAUCAUACAGAAGAAAAAGGCUCAGUUGACAGAGCUUGAGGAAUGGGUUGAGCAGAAAGAAGAAGAGGAGGCGAAGACGGAGAUGCUUCUCAAAGAUGCCCAAAAAUCCAUAUUGGAGUGUGAGAAACUGGUAAAGGCAACUUACCAUAGGAACGGUCUUGUUUAUCAUGAGAGCAGCUCAGAGGAUGAGGGGGGUAUGGGAGGCGUGUUGUCCUCUGAGGUCAUCGAGAUAGAUGAUGAUGACGACGAUGACGUCAUCGCUGUUGGCUGUUUGGUUCCUCCAAAGAAGCCUGUUGCUCCUUCCAAAGAUCCUGUGAUAAAAGAUGCCUUCUCAGCUCUACAGAAAACCUCACAGCAGGUGCAGAAAUUGGUCCAAAUGGUCAGCAAGCAUUCAUCAGGUGCUCCAUUGCUUCGAUCUCCAGCACAGACUCCAUCCCAGUCAGGUAUUCAGGGUUCAGUACCAGCAGUGUUUGUAUCCCAGGUUCCAUCUCAGUCCAUGACGCAACCAAACCCAAACAUGACAGAAGAUGAGCUCAGAGUCGGGAUGAGCAUUCUGGGAAAGAAACGUACCAAGACCUGGCACAGAGGCACCCUUGUUGCGAUCAGCCCUGUUGGAAACGGUAUAUUCAAGUAUAAAGUGAAGUUCGAUAAAGGAAAGAGUCUGCUGUCUGGAAAUCACGUGGCUUUCGACUAUAACCCCACCCUGGAGAUUCUGUAUGUCGGAGCUCGUGUAGUUGCCAAGUACAAGGAUGGCAACCUGGUGUGGCUCUAUGCUGGAAUAGUAGCAGAGAUGCCCAAUAACAAGAACCGCAUGAGGUUUUUGAUAUUUUUUGAUGAUGGCUAUGCUUCAUAUGUGACACUACCUGAGCUCUACCCAGUUUGUCGACCAUUGAAGCGGACCUGGGAGGACAUAGAGGACGCAUCGUGUCGAGACUUCAUUGAGGAGUACAUCACUGCCUAUCCCAGCAGGCCUAUGGUGCUCCUAAAAGUCGGACAGAUAAUCAAGACAGAGUGGGAGGGAACCUGGUGGAAGAGCAAAGUGGAGGAAGUGGAUGGAAGCUUGGUCAAGAUCCUCUUUUUGGAUGAUAAGAGAAGUGAGUGGAUCUAUAGAGGCUCCACCAGGUUGGAGCCUAUGUUCAACCUGAAGAUGACCACCGCCAACACCCAGGAGAAGAAGCUGGCUGGCCAGCAGAGGACGCGACCUAACAUGGGGGCGUUGAGGAGUAAAGGCCCAGUAGUUCAAUACACCAGUGAUGGACAUGUUGGAGCCUCUCCCAUCAAAACACCACAGGCCUCACCCAGCCAGCCUUCACAGAUACCACAACAUCCACAGCGUCCUCAGACCCAACAGACUCAACAAACCCAACAGACCCAACAAACCCAACAGACUCAACAAACCCAACAAACCCAACAAGCCCAACAAGCCCAACAAGCCCAGCAAACCCAACAAGCCCAACAAACCCUUCAGCCUCUGCAGCCCUCACAAUCUCCACGUGUUGAUAAUAAACAUCAGAUGGCAAAGAAGAGUACUUCUCCAUUUGUCCCUGGGGUGGGAGGCACUCAUGCCUCGAAAGUCAUGCAGGCUCUUUCUUCCAGUCCCGGUAACCUCUCGGGUGGAAGAAUGUUGAAUGCCCAAAAUACCGCUGUGGCCACUUUCACGCAGUCGUUUCAGAGGCAGAUGCCCUCUCUGGUUCCAGCCCCACCUCCUAUCACCCACGCGAUGGCCACCAUUCCACAUCAGCCCGCGUACCGUGCUCCGACGGACCGCAUCUUCUACCUGGCACACACUUGCCAGCCAGCUUGUCUGAAUCGCGUCCGACCUGCAAAAUCAGACAUGCACCGAGGAAAAAACCCCCUUCUCACACCUUUACUGUACGAUUUCAGACGCAUGACCGGACGACGCAAAGUCAAUCGCAAGAUGUCCUUCCAUGUGAUCUACAAGGCUCCAUGUGGUCUUUGCCUACGUAACAUGGCAGAGAUCCAGCACUACCUCUUUCAGACGCGCUGUGACUUUAUAUUCUUAGAGAUGUUCUGUCUGGACCCCUACGUGCUCGUGGACCGGCCCUUCCAGCCACAGAGGCCAUUCUAUUACAUUCCCGACAUCACUGGUGGAAAGGAAGACAUCCCACUCUCCUGUGUCAAUGAGAUUGAUUCCACCCCACCUCCUAAAGUAGCUUACAGUAAAGAACGUAUUCCUGAAGACGGAGUAUUCAUCAACACCAGUUCAGACUUCCUGGUUGGGUGUGACUGCACUGAUGGCUGUCGAGACAAGUCCAAAUGCUCUUGCCACCAGCUGACUCUUCAGGCGACAGGUUGUACACCGGGUGGACAGAUCAACCCAAAUGCUGGAUUUUUACACAAACGAUUAGAGGAGUGCCUCCCCACAGGGAUCUACGAGUGUAAUAAGCGGUGCAAAUGCUGUGCUCAAAUGUGCACCAACCGCUUGGUGCAGCACGGCCUGCAGGUGCGUCUCCAGCUCUUCAAGACCCAGAAUAAAGGCUGGGGCAUCCGGUGUCUGGAUGACGUAGCCAAGGGCUCUUUUGUCUGCAUCUAUGCUGGUAAAAUCUUGACGGACGACUUUGCUGACAAAGAAGGUCUAGAGAUGGGCGACGAGUAUUUCGCUAAUCUGGACCACAUAGAGAGUGUGGAGAACUUCAAGGAGGGCUAUGAGAGCGAGGCUCACUGUUCAGACAGUGAGGGGAGUGGUGUGGAUGUGUCGAGGAUAAAAAUCCAACCAUCUGCUCUAGUAUCAUCUCACCCUGUGGGACGACCGCCCAAGAAGGCCCGAAGUCCAAGCUCAUCGGGGGACAGCAACGAUGAUGAUGACAAGGAUUCAAAGAGUGAAGAUGAAAGUGACAGUUCAGACGACACGUUUGUGAAGGAAAACUACUACAGCUCCAGCUCUGUGUGGAGGAGUUACACCACACGUGGGCAGGUCAAGGGCAACAAGGAAGGGAGCCAAGACAGUAAAGAUGGACUGAGCACGUCAGCCAAAGGAAACGAUAGCGAGAAGCCACCGUCCAUGCCAGUGGAGAUGGGGAAAAGCAAAGUGGCUUCCUGGCUUACCAGCCAGGGGCUGAAGAAGGAAUCCGGAGACAGUAAGAGUCAAGUGAAGACAGAAACAGGAAAGAAGCAGGAUGUGAUGACUCUGUCUGACAGUGAUGAUGUUCAGACCAUCAGCUCUGGAUCUGACGACAACAAGGAGAGAGAGAAAGUCACCGCGGGUGUGACUAAGAAGCAGGUAGCAGUGAAAUCUACUCGAGGCAUCGCCCUGAAGACCAGCCACGGGAUGAUGGUAAAAACAGGUGCACCAGGAGGUGGGGGAGGGCCAGGAGGUCAGGGAGGAAAAGCAGGACAGCAGGGACAGACUGGAGGAGGCGGGGACAACGCUCCCAAAAACACUCGCUUGUUCUUUGACGGCGAGGAGUCCUGCUACAUCAUUGAUGCCAAGUUGGAAGGAAACCUUGGGCGUUACCUCAAUCACAGCUGUAGUCCUAACCUUUUCGUCCAGAAUGUGUUUGUGGACACACAUGACCUGCGGUUUCCCUGGGUAGCGUUCUUUGCCAGCAAGCGGAUCCGGGCCGGCACAGAGCUGACCUGGGACUACAACUAUGAGGUGGGCAGCGUGGAGGGGAAGGUGCUGCUCUGCUGCUGUGGAUCCACUGAGUGCAGAGGAAGACUGCUGUGAUCUGCAGCCGUCAUGGACUUCACUCCCUCUGCUGUGUCUGUAGGAGAACCUGGAGGAGCCCUUGCAACGCUAUCACCUUGUGUUUUGUUCUAUUCUCAGUUGAACAUGAAUUUUAUUACAGCUGUUUUGUUGCCUUUAUUUUAUAUGACCGUGUUUCCUGAUUUUCUCCCAUUUUGUCCAUCACAUCCUUCUUUACAUCUGAAUAAAAUACAGUUUU